AUGGCUCAAAGUCGACAGAAGAGCUAUGCUGACCAACAUCGACACAAGUUGGAGUUUGAAGUUGGUAACCAAGUAUUUCUUAAGGUUUCGCUAAUGAAAGGUGUAAUUCAGUUUAGUAAGAAGGGUAAACUGAGCCCGAGAUAUAUAGACCCUUUUGAGGUGAAAGAGGUAGUUGGACCGGUGGCACAUAGAGUUGCAUUACCACCAGAGUUAGCUGGAAUACAUGAUGUGUUCCAUGUAUCUACGCUACGAAAGUACGUGCAUGAUCCUUCGCAUGUUAUCAACUUUAAACCUCCACGGAUUCAAGGGAAUUUGUCAUAUGAAGAAGUGCCGAUUCAAAUCAUGGAUCGCAAAGAGCAACAACUAAAGACCAAGACAAUUCCGCUUAUAAAAGUACUAUGGCGAAAUCAUGACGUAGAAGAAGCUUCAUGA